GUUAAAUUUACAAUCACAACAUUAUUAUUAAAAUUUCAAAAACUCUUUUUCUAAAUUUUAGUCAAAUUGUUUCAUAAUUCUAGAAAAUGUCCAAACAGAAUGGAACCGACAACAUUGACUGGCUGAGCCUCGCUGCCAAAAUGUUCAUGACCAAGUUGAAUGACCCAACUUCGACUUUGAACAGCCGAGUAGAGAAACGGACACAUCAGUGGCUACCGGUUACUCAGAUCCAGACUCGGCCUCCAAUGCAUAAACCAAGGACGACAGUUUCCAAUCGACAAGUCCCAUCAGAAAUGCCCCAAGAUUACGUAGACACCAUUAGACAAUUUGAAGCAUUGAGGUGUCAACUAUUGCGUCAGCUGGUGAUGUAUCAGACUCAGCUUAUUGCAAUGAAAAUGCCGUCUAUACCAGCAUGCUACAACCCUGCGACCCCUGAGGCAGCUCAAAAAUCGGUCACAUUAAAAGGAAAAACACAAAAAAGUUCAGGUAAAAACAAAAAACAAACAAGUGUCAACAAUGGCAAACCUGGACAAAACGAAGUAAAAAAAUGGAAGAAGGUUCAGAACCCGACCAAAACCGUAAAAGACCCAGUUACUAGACGAAGCAAGAUCGUUUCAAAACCGAAGAAAACCGUGACAAAAUCAUCAAAGAGAAAAUUUAAUCAAGAAACAUCAAACUGUACUCAAGUUCUAGACAGCAUUAAAAGACCCUGUCCAUCUUACAUGAGUUGUGUGAGAAAUUUCAGCUCUUCCACAGAUAGUGAUGAUCCUACAAAACGCCCCAAAAAUAGUUACAAGCCAAAUUUUGACUUGGCAAGUGGGGAAAGCAUGUUUCUAAAAAGUAGUUUGAUAAACGCCUUGAACGUGAUGCGAGAAAACAGCACAUCAGUUUCAAAGUUGCCGCAGAGAAAAGUUUCUAUGUCUAAAAAGAAAAUUACUUCAUCUUUGUCUUUCGAUACUACCACAGAUGAAGGUCACUCCUCAAUGUAA